AUGAGUCCCCCUAUCCUGCCUUCAGAUUCUGCUAGUCUUUGGGGCAUUCUCUUCUCCGUCUUAUCAGAACGACCUCAUCGUCGGCGACUAGUGCAAUUCGCGACCUUAGACUCGGUUGUGAAACUCUUGCGUGACCGCUCUCGUAUUCAUGUUCACACUGGAGCCGGCAUCUCUGUCUCCUGUGGAAUUCCAGACUUCAGAUCCCGAGAUGGGGUGCAGGCACGACUUGCAAGAGAUUAUCCUGAUUUGAAAAGCCCCCAAGACAUGUUUGACAUGGAAUUCUUCAUGAAGGGGAAUCCUUACCCCUUCUUCAAAUUUGCACGAGAACUAUUCCCCGGUCAGUUCAAGCCCUCGUUUGAGCAUCGAUUCAUCAAGUUACUGGAAAGGAAGGGCAAACUUCUUCGCAACUACACACAAAAUAUCGAUGCGCUGGAACAGGCCGCUGGAAUCACGUGGGUCAUUCAGUGUCAUGGAUCCUUCGCUACGGCAAGCUGUGAAUCUUGUCAGUACCAGGUACCAGGUGAGGCUGUUCGUGAAGCAAUAAUGAGCCAGCGUGUUCCCCGCUGUCCUCGAUGCUGUCCCGACCAGGGCCUGAGUGGCUCACCCGUGCAAACCACCCCCACGACCAGUCCCGCGGCGUCGACAUCCUCCGGCUUAAUGAAGCCGAACAUUGUGUUCUUCGGUGAGGGUCUUCCUUACGAGUUCCACACAUACCUCGAAGAGGAUGUCCACCACGCCGAUCUCAUUCUCGUCAUUGGAUCCUCCCUCACAGUUGAACCUGUCUCCCUCAUACCACGUGAGCUGGCUGCUUUAACUCCCUUCCACGAAUGA